AUGAGGACCCGGAUGUGUGAUACAAUGACCUGGAUAUGACGAAAAGUUUGUUGUAACGCAAAAUCGGUAAUUUGUUAGUAAAAGGAUGAGCUGUGAUCAUGGGAACCAAUGAGAACGAAGCAUAAAAAUCUGUCAGUGCUGCUGUUACUGUGAAGAUCGCAUACAAUAUACAUCACUGCGUUUGUAAGUAAAGAAGAAACAUAAGAAUCUGACAAAUUCAGUUGCUGAACAAGUCAAUGUCUGACAAGACCGAAACCAAAACCUCAGACCUUCCUGAUGCACAUGGAGGCCAUAUGGGUGUGAUACCUUCAGAUAGCUCAGAGGUUGAGCACGAAGGAGAAAAGUAUGUGUGUGAUCACGUGAAGACUGAGGAGAAUGAAGUUCCUAUAAAUACAGCUACAGGGCAUCUAGAGGAAAACCCGGCCACUGGGCUAUUAAAUGUGAAGGAAGAGGAUGAGACAGAUUACAUAAAUAGUCAUCAAACUGAAAUACAUUGGUCCCUCCCUGCCGAUGAAGAUACCACUGAUACAGUGAAAGGUGAGCUAACAGAAGAUCUGUUUGUGAUGCGUCAGGUGGAAGCUCCAGAUGAAAAAACCAGUGACAGUAUAAGCCCAGAUGAAGAUAAUACUGACAUAGUGAAAGUUGAGAUAACAGAAGAUCUGUGUGUGAGGCAUCAGCUGGAAGCCCUGGAAGAGGAGACCAGUAAUGGUAUUAGCCCAGGUGGAUUCACACACUGCAAUAACCCUAGUCAUGGUGAAAGUGCUGAUGCUUCUGAAUGUGGGAAUUUUUUUACUAGGAAAUCACAAUAUAUUACUCAUAUGAAAGAAGAAGAGAAAGCAUUUUCAUGUUCUCAAUGUGGAAAAUCUUUUACUAAGAGAUCAAAUCUAAUUACUCAUCAGAAAAUUCAUACAGGAGAGAAAGCAUUUUCAUGCUCUGAAUGUGGAAAAUGUUUUACCAAUAAAUCAACUCUUAUUGAUCAUCUGAAAAUUCAUACAGGAGAAAAAAUAUUUUCAUGCUCUCAAUGUGGAAAAUGUUUUACUCAGAAAUCAAAUCUUAUUAGGCACCAGAAAGUUCAUACAGGAGAGAGAGAAUUUUCAUGUUCUGAUUGUGGGAAAUGUUUUAGUCAGAAAUCAAGUCUUAUUACUCAUCAGAAAAUUCAUACAGGAGAAAAGGCAUUUUCAUGUUCUGACUGUGGGAAAUGGUUUACACAGAAAUCAACUCUUAAUAAUCAUCAGAAAAUUCAUACAGAAGAGAAAGUAUUUUCAUGUUCUGAAUGUGGGAAAUGUUUUACUCGAAAAUCAAGUCUUAUUAUUCAUCAGAAAAUUCAUACAGGCGAGAAAGCAUUUUCAUGUUCUGAAUGUGGCAAAUGUUUUGCUCUGAAAUUUAAUCUUAUUGUUCACAUGAAAAGUCAUACAGGAGAAAAAGCAUUUUCAUGUUCUCAAUGUGGCAAAUGUUUUACCCUGAAAUCAAAUCUUAUUGCUCAUCAGAAAAUUCAUACAGGAGGGAAGGAAGUUUAAUGUUCUAAAUGUGGGAAAUCAGAUCUUAGAGACAAUUUACUGACAAUCAUUGAGAUUGUGAUAUAAAGGUUUAAUUAUCUAUAUUAAAACAACUUUGCAAUGUA